UCCCAAUCAAGCUGAUGGGACCGAUUAAUAGAAAAUAAUCUACUUUUGUUGUAUAUUUCACCUAUUUAUGGAGUUAGGUGCACAUUCUAGUGCCUUGGUACUGAAGUACUGAACUGGUGACAUUAAGAUCCCACGUGAAAGAGUUUUAGUUCUUUUCAAGGUAUUACAUUAAAGAGAGUUCAACUUGGCUUGGUAUUGAUUUAUCAAUUCGACCUCUUGGAAUUAGAAUAGGCUGAGAGUGGAUUUUCUGUCAAAUGGAUGAUUUUGCACGUAUUUGAGAGUAUAAACUUCAAUAAGAUUAACAUACUAGGGAAUCAGCAAUCUCUUUUGAUGAAAUGACCUUGUCUCCGAGCAAAUAAGUUGCAUUUCAUAAUUAAAUAGGGAAAUUCAUCUAAUGUUUAAUGCGAUUUUCCAUUGACAAGAAAUUAGCCAUAACGUAACAUAAUUUUCCAACACAUAUCUGCAUUUUAUGUUUGUAUACUGUAGAUAUCUGCAUUUUAUGUUUGUUCUUCCUUUGAAGCUAUAUCUUAUGAGUUCAACAUUGUUAACUAGCAUAGACAUCUCAUAUAAGGUAUAGAAUUCUAUGCUAAAAUAUAGAUGUAUAUAAACUAAAGGAAAUCUUUAAGAGAAAAAGGAAAAGGUGAAAAAAAAGACGCACGUUUUAUUAUCGCACGUCUUGUUGGAUAAUUUAAAUAUAAUCUAAUAUAUGGGACAAUAAAUUCUACUGCCAAUAUCCUGAAGGGAGCGACAGUUCUCUUCUUUGAAGGAUUUAUCUCUGCACAGUUCACUGCGGAAACCUGCUAUUGAUCUCAUUCAAUCAAUUAUAGUGUCUGAUGCAGCAGCAUUUAGCUCUAUAAUCUUGAGAGAUCACAUGCAUCCUGGUGAUAAACCAAUAAAGCCCAUUCAUUACCAGGAUAUAGAAGAGGAAGAGAGAAGAGAUUCUGUCUCUUCCAUGCCAAAGAAAAUAACCUUAAUUGUUGGAAGGAGUUCAGUCUGCAGUAUAAAUAUAAAGAGUUCAGUGUGCAGCUAUGGUAUGGUUGGAGGUGUUGGUCGAAAUAGAUUCAUUGGUUUUUCCACUGUCCUCCAAACAUGUUUUUAGGGCAAUGUCUCGAUUGUCAGUUGAUGAGCUGAAAAUAGCAUGGAUAUCUCUCUCAGUUAAAAACUGGUUUACAACCCAUGCUUCAGAGAUGUCACAUCUUUUUGGGUGGAAGGUACCUCAUGGUGGUUCUGAUGAUGGUCGGGGUGGAACAGAAUUGAGAAACUCUAUUCAAGAGGUCACAGCUGAUUGACUUGUUAGAAUGGGACAAGGAGAGCUGCUUAGGAAGCAGUGGACCUGGGAGCCAGUAAUAAGCAGUCAUUUGAUUCUCUUGCUUCAGGACCUGAACGCAGUUGUUUGAGGUUUUCAUGAAUACUAUUGUCCAUUAUAUAUUUAUAGAUAGAAUCCAUUCAAACUUGGCCCCCAAAUUUAUCUGAUGGCUGUAGAGUACAUGGUAAGUUGGCAGGCUUAUAUUAGACCAAGUUUCUAAUUUGCAUGGUCUUACUGUUGGCCUGCAAUUUCUAUGCUGCAUUCAGUCAUCAUUGUUGGGCAUCCUUUUGGGAUUGUGGCGUGCUUUGAAAUUGGUAAAAGAUUUAGUAUUAAAGUGUCCUUUUGUUUGAGUGUAAAAACUCAUGCUUCUGGAAAAUGAUAAAGUCCACACGAAUAAUGUCUUGUCAUCGAUCUACGUUACUAUCUUUAAUUCCUUUUAUGUAUCUGUUACAGAUUCAUGGGUUUGUUUUGUGAUGAUUUUUAUUGUUAACAGUCUUGAACUCUUAAUAGAAUUGAAGCUAAUUUUCGUAGAUUUGCAUAGCUUGUAGUGCAUAUCUCAUGCUAAAGUUUUUGCUUUACUGUUGAAGCCAGUAUGGUGUCAUUUCUAAAACUGUGCUCGAACUGCUAGUUAUUAGAUUUGUUCAACUUCAUUUCUGGACUCAGUUCUGUUGAGCUUUCCAACUUCACAUCAUCUCUCUUGCUUUUUUUUUUUUCGUUCUUUCUUUUAUUUUUUGAUCGGAUUGCAUCAUCUUUUUUUCAUCGUUUGCUAAGUGUUCAGAGAAGGAAAUUCAUCUGCUCUGUCCAUAUGCCAAAAUCAACAAGAUGUUUCUAACAUUUCAUCAAUACUUUGCUACCGUGAACUUGGAAGUUGUGGGAGAAGUUUUGCUGCUUGCUGUGCUGUCACAACUAUCAUCUCAGAGACCACAAGGAAGAUUCCCUCACUGUGUUCCUAUGGGUUGACGGUUACAUAAUUUGGGACCCAUUCACAAAGUACAUGGAAUGAAGAAAAGUCAAGUUUGAAGGUCUCAAUAAGGAUAAAUUAAAUUAUUUUACUUUAGUAGAUUUAUAUGUGAUGGCCGGUGGGGUGGGGACCAAUGUAGAAUUUUGUUACGGUUUUUCGGGUAGAAAUUUGGUGGGUAAGACAAUGUAUAUCAGGACAAAUGCAGAUGUUAUAAAUCUCCUAUGCUUGUAUAAGAAUGAGUCUGUCAUUCAAGCAUUUGUCACUGAAUUGGGGGGCCCUAUAAAGAGCUUGGAUAAUGAAGAGAAAGACUUAGUCGUGCUAGUGAAGUUUUGCAUUUAUCCUGGAAAGACACAAUUGUAAAAUGUGAGAGGCGAAUAGUAGAACCAAUAGAUGAUGAAGGGCGAAGUGCAGAGUUAGAAGACCUACUUGAUUCUAAUGCAGGGAGACAUGAUGAUCCUAAUCCUGAUUUGGUUCGAGAUGUUGUAUGGGAGAAUUGGGAUACGAUUAGAGAUUUUGGAAAUUAUGGUGAUAAAAGUAAUGAUGCUUCAAGUUUCAAAGCUUCUAAUGUGCAUUGGGUUGAGUAUGGAAAUCACAGCACACAUGAGACAAUAUUGAUGAAGGGAUAUCUAAGGGAGAUGCAGGGGAGGCUGAUGAUGCUACAGAAUCGGGGGUCAGAAGUUUCGAUGAGAAGCUAGGUGGCAGAGGUGGUAGUGAUAGGGAUGAAAGGUUGGAAUUGUGUGGUGAUGACGGUGCUGUAGAUGGAUUUGGAGGAUUGACCACAAUUAAUGAGAGCGAUUCCGAGGAUCCAUCAUGGAUGUAUGGUGAUUUUGAUGGUCCGUCAGACGAUGAUAUUUUUGUUGAGAAGCCAAAGAAUGACCGAGAUUGAAUGAAGAAAUUGUUGAAGAAGUUGAGGGUUUUAAAAAAUGAAAGAAAAAAAGAAAAAGAGAAAUUUGUUGUCGAUGAUGCCAGUGUAGGAGAGAAGGUGAGUGGAAAGAAGAGGGAACAAUGUUCUAUUUGUUAUAGCGAUGAUGCAUCAGAAGGAGAGACUGUUUUGAAGACUCCUUUACUAUCUGAAGAAGAAGAAAUUGGACAAAGAUAUAAGGAAUGUGAUGAAAGCCUGAAUAUGGCUGCCAUCAAUUUGGAAGUUGGCAUGAAAUUUUCAUCAAGACAAAAAUUCAAAGAAGCAUUAAAGGAUUGGGCAGUUCGCAAAGGUGGGGACUUGAAGUACCCAAAGAUGGAAAAACACGUUGUAAGUGCUACUUGCAAAAAUGGUUGUGAAUGGUAUAUUCGAGCAUCAGCAAUCAUGAAGGGUGAUAUAUUUCAAAUUAAAACACUCAAAAGAGGACACAAAUGCGCUCAUAUGACAACAAAUUUACAAGCAGAUUUUUGGUAUGCAUUUUAGUCUUCAUAACUUAUCCUAUAUAAUUAUGUGUUAGUAAAUGGUACCAUAAUGAUGUUAUGGCUGCUAUAAUCCUAUUUUGUGAGUUAUAUUAUUUCUGUUAUUUUUUGUGUUAUUAAUUCAUGAAUAUAUAUGUGUGUGCGCUUGGGUGUUCAUCAGCUAAUAAAUAAUGCUAGUAUACGUUGCAGCCUACAAUUAAAUUACAUGUGGAUUAAAUUAGCUUAAUGUAGUGAAGUUGUAAAUUAUUGAAGGGGCUUUAGAUGGUAUUAUAAUGAUUUUAUGACUUUUGUAUCACUAUUCCGUGAGUAAUAUUAUUUAUGUACACUUAUUUUGUUUAUUUAAUGGUUUUUGUGUUAUUAUAUAAUAUUUUUUUUGGAGUACCAGUAUUUUUACAAUAGGUACUUGGGCAAAAGAAUUAUGAAUUACGUGAAAGACAAUCCUUCAGAGUCUCUGGAAUCUUCAUGGAGGAAGAUCCGACGAGAUGUUGAAGUGGAUGUAAGCAUCCAUAAAGUUUAUUGAGCAAAGCAGCAUGCUAUAGAUCUGUUGAAAAGGGAUAUUAAAGAGCAGUACAAUAGACGAUAUACAAACACAACCCUGGUAGUUCUUGUGUAUUGAAAGUAGAUCGAGAGCUAACUUCUCCAGUACUGCAGAGAAUGUAUGUUUGUUUAAAACCUCUUUCAGAUGGUUUUAAAGUGGCGUGUAGGCCAAUUAUUGGAAUAGAUGGUUGUUUCUUAAAAGGGUUGUAUAAGGGGCAGCUUCUAACUGCAACUGCAAUGGACGGGAAUAACAAUAUCUAUCCGAUAGCAAUGGCGUUUGUUGAGGUCGAAAAGUUUGACAGUUGGGAUUGGUUCUUGAAUUUGUUAUUUAGAGACAUUGGAGAAGCUCGAGAGCGGUAAAUGGUCAUUCUUGUCUGACAGACAAAAAGGUCUGAUUGAGGCGUUAGGAAAACAUGCGUCAGAUGUUGAGCAUCGUUUUUGUCUACGUCAUAUGUACAAUAACUUCAAGAUGAAGUUUAAAGGAUUGGAGUUGAAGAGGUUAUUUUGGAAGGCAGCCUCAACAUACAAUAUCAAAGAGCACAAGAGAACCAUGAAAGAAAUAUUGAAGUGUAAUCCAAAAGUGAAUGAGAAUAAAAAUGCAUUUGAGUGGUUGUCCGACAUUCCGGAACAUCAAUGGGCAAGGUCUUAUUUCCCGACGAGAACUAAGUGUGAUGUUUUGGUAUACAACAUUAGUGAGUCCUUUAAUCACUGUAUCAUGGCUGCCCGCGAUCUCCCAAUCAUUGAAAUGUUUGAAUGGAUUAGAAGCAAGAGCAUGACCCGCAUCCAAAUUAAGAGAGAAGGAAUGGAGAAAUAUGAUGGCUCAAUCUGUCCAAACAUUGUGAAGAAGAUUGAGGUGCAAAGAAAGGAAAGUAGGAACUGUUUCCCGAGUUGGGUAGGUGAGGACAAGUUCGAGAUCAAACAUUGGCAAUCAAAUCAUGUUGUUCAUCUUAAGUCGAAGAGUUGCACUUGUGGUAUGUUUCAGUUAGUGGGAUACCUUUGUUGUCAUGCCAUUGCUGCCCUGGACAUGCAUAGACAGGAUCUAUUGGAGUUUGUGGAUGUCUACUUCAGCAAACAGAUGUACCUAUACUUGUACAACCACAUAAUCAGUCCAGUACCUGGAAUGCAUGACUUUGAGAAGGCCUCUCUUGGAAUUGCUUAUCCUCCAAUUAUAAAAAAGCGAAUUGGCAGCCCAAAAAAAGCGCAACGGCCUGAUGCAAAUGAUAUCAAAGAUUCAUCGAAGGCAACAAGAAAAGGGUUAACUCGUACUUGUGCUAUAUGCCAUGAACAAGGCCAUAACAAAAUAAGCUGCAAAAAAACUCCACACCCGAAUUCCAGAUUUGCAAAGGGACAAGGUGAAUUAUCUGUUGAUGUUGAUGGUCCAGCUCGGCCCGAACAGACCACGACCUGUGAUGGACAUGCCCGACGAGCUAGUAUACUUUCAACUAAAAUAAUAUAUUGCUACAAAUGAUAGUUAGAUAUUAGUCUUGUAAUUUUUCAUGAAGUUUCCAUACCUACUAAUCCAAUGUGAAAAAACAAUUAGUUUUGUAAAAGAAAGAUGACUCACAGUAGCGCACAAGAUACAAGAAUAUUUCACCAAUGCAUGCUCAGAGGAGGAUUCUCAAACAGCUAUUCCUGGAAAAUUUGGGACAGAUGUUCAAGCCACAAUUUCUACGCAAUCAACCGGCCAAGUUAGGACAGAAGCUACCGAUUUCGAUCAAAGUCAAACAAAAGAGCAGCCCUCAAAAGUUCCUCGAAAAAAAAAAAAUCCAUAUCGACGUUCCGAAGCCAAGGAAAUGUGAUUACCACAUUCAGCUCUCAGUCUUUUAACGGUUUUGCCACGUCUAAAUGUUAGAACUCAACUAGUUGGAUCAUCACUUGCAUCCAGGUUACGUGCAUUAAGGUUCUCUAACAAGCCAAGACAACCUAAUACCUCGUAUUAAGGAAGUAAUGGUCCAAGGCGUGCUACUGGUUCUGAAUUGGAGUCGUGAUUGUAUUAAAUAGUGUUAAAUGUUUGUUGUUAGUUAGACAAUGGCAUAGUCUUCUCGUAUAUGGUUUUUUUUUUGGGUGAUUUGGUUGCAAAUUGGCACGUAGUUUGUGUCAAUUUGAAGUAUGUUUUUUGUAUUACCUGCCAGGUUAUUAGACCCUCAAACAUGUGGCAUC